CUUCGUUUUAGCAGCUUGUAUUUGUUGGACAAAAAUUUGUCUCGAGGUUCUGUAUCAAAAUUGGCCCAAUUGAUUUAUUAUUUACUUAUCUAUUUGCUCUCGCUUAAAGCACUGUGCUGUAUUUGGUAGUAACAAAACAACAAUGUUAUGUUACACUCCCUCCUGCUGAUCACUAACUUACAUGACAGCUAAACAAUGUCCUUUAUGUUCUCGUCCACAUAGACAGAAUUUGCUUUGCAGAAUGGCCUGCAUCAUUUACCAAAUGCAUUUCUUUCUGAUCUUUCCUUCCGUUAUUUUAAAUGUAUUAUAUAAUGCAUGUGUACCGUAUCCGUUUCGUUUUAUAAUUCCACCCCAGGCCAGCAGGUGGCAUUAACGGGCAAAUAACUUGUUGUCCAACCGCCAUGAAACCGUAAAAGAAGAUGGCGCUGGGGUUUACCGUUCGUUUUACCGGUGAACCGCCUGGUCUUUUUUUAUUUUAAUUCGAUGCUGAACAGUCCAGCUUCCGUGUCAUGUUCUAAUUCCUGCAACGAGCGAUGAAUGACUGUAAGCGGAGUGGACCGGCAGUGGUGAAGUUGCCGGUCGGAGGAUGGAGGUGCGGCUGAAGAGGGAUUCUCCGCCCCUGGUGACCUGCUUCAUUGUCCUCAUCCUUUCGUGGCUUCUAUCAGUGGGCUGUCAUGAAACUUGUAAACAUCGUGUUCCUUCUGCAGAAGAGGUUGUCCAUCAGGUGCACAUCAGGUCCGAUCGUGUCACCAAGAGAAGUACUGAUGAGGACAUGCAGCUCAAUAUUGCUAUAAUUUAUGACUACAGCAUUGACCAGCUUCCUGCUGAUAAAAGACGACUAGUGAAAGACCAGCUUUUUCCUCAGGCCAUUGAUUUUCUUCAAAGAGCCUUCAGCGUGAGGCGCAGAGUUGGCCCAGUAUUGCUCAGCAGGCAAUGUGCUACCAACCAGUAUCUGAAGAAGAGAGAUGAUCCGUACCGUUAUUGCCAGGAAGCAUGCGCAGAAGUCACUCGCUGUGGCCCUGUUGUCGUGCCACAGCAUCACCUACAGCAAUGUAAGAUGUGCCGGGAGUCUGGAAAGUCAUGUGGCCCUUCUGGACCCCCAGAUGGACCUGGUGUGAAGGGUUCAGACUUUGUGCUUUAUGUGAGCGGCAUCACCACGGAGCGGUGUGGACAGGUGAACAUCGUGGCUUAUGCAGCGUACUGCCAGUUGGAGGCAGAGCUGGACAGACCAAUAGCAGGAUAUGCCAACCUUUGUCCUGCCAUGAUCUCAUCACAACCUCAGGAUUUUGACGGGAUGCUCUCCACUGUCAAGCAUGAGAUCAUUCACGCUCUGGGUUUUUCAGCAGGUCUGUUUGCCUUCUACCAUGAUGACGACGGUAAUCCCAGGACACCCCGUUCUGCUAGUGGUCUUCCUACUUACAAUGAAAGCCUGGGUCUGUACCAGUGGAGUGAGUCGGUCAUCCGGACUGUAAACAGGCUGUGGCACAUAAGAGGUGGCGAGAUUGUGCGGCACCAAGUCCAUGUUCUGGUCACACCGCGUGUUGUGGAAGAAGCAAGAGAACAUUUCAAUUGCCCAAUUUUGGAGGGAAUGGAGUUGGAGAACCAAGGGGGAACUGGAACUGAGCUCAACCACUGGGAGAAGAGGCUACUGGAGAAUGAAGCAAUGACCGGCACUCACACUCAGAACAGGGUGUUUUCUCGUCUGACACUGGCCAUCAUGGAGGACACUGGCUGGUAUCGGGCCAACUACAGCCUCGCCCAAAGGUUGGACUGGGGGCGUGGUCUUGGCUGCGACUUUGUCAGGAAGAGCUGCAAAUUUUGGAUGGAGCGGCAGGGAGUGAGCCACCCUGUGACUCCUUUCUGUAACACAGUCCAAGCCUCGCCUCUGCAGCUAACAUGCAGGCAGGACCAGCUGGCCGUGGCUGUUUGCAACCUGCAGAAACACUCCCAGGAGCUUCCUGCGGAGUAUCAGUAUUUUGAGCAGCUGCCUGGUGUCUCUGAGGACCAGCUGGUCUUCUUUGGUGGGGCUGUGGAGAUCGCUGACUUCUGUCCCUUCAGCCAGGAGUUCAGCUGGCACCUUAGUGGGGAGUAUCAGAGAAACUCCUACUGCCGUCUGUCGGAGAACCAACCAGAUUGGUGGAGGAAUUAUGCAGCAGAGCAGUACGGACCAGAUUCUGUGUGUCUCCACCAGAAAUCUCCUUUUGAAAUGGAACAGUGCGAGGGGAAAAAGACAUCCCCGGAGUGGGGUUCUGGCUGCUACAAGGUGUCGUGCUCCGCCAUGGGCUUGGUGGUUUACGUUCACCAUCAAAGCUACUACUGCACUCGCAAGGGUCAACUGCUGAGCGUGAGUGUACAGGCCAAUGACUGGGUUUACAACGGAGUGCUGAUCUGCCCUGCCUGCACCGACUUCUGCGAUGACUGUCCACACCAGCGACUCCCUUUCAAUAUUUCCAGGAGUAAUCCCAUUGACCCCUGUUCAGGUGAUCCAGGUCUGGCCUUUCUCUGGUCUCCACUGUUGGCUGCACUGUUGCUGUUUCACCUCAGCUGAUGUCAGGCUUCUCUGAGGUCGUCCACUUGAACUUGACAUGGUUUUUACAGGGGUCACUGUUUUUCUUGGACCUGUGGAGAAUGCUCAAUUGUGAACUUUACCUCCAGGACAGUCAGUAAACGUUGGCCUUGUUUACUUUUGGAUAUUUUUCCAACUACCGAAGACAUUAAAGUGUUGGUGAUAUUUUUUUUUUUUUUUUUAGUAAAACACAUUCUCCAAAUGUGAUAUUUACAGACAUGCCAGUAUAACAAAGUUGAUAAACAAAAACAUCCUGUUGGGGUAGCGCCCAUCGAAGGCAAAAGAAAAUGCAGCAGCUUUGUAUCAACAUCUUUCAGGUUUCACCUAUUUGUGUUUAUUUCUUGUUUUUUGUGCCGUACGUGUUUGGUUAUGUAGCUUUCCUCUGUAGUUAAGUUACAAUUUUGUGCUUCACUGGCUAAAGUGGCGGCAGCAGCAGCAGCGGCUGUGGUGCGAGAAGAUAGGUAGAGUUGGGGGCACACCUCUGUAGAGUCUGCUACAGUGGCUGUUUAUCAUUCAGAUGAGAGUCACACCUCUCAUCUGAAUGAUGAGAUUUGGGACUUUGAGAGUCUAUAACUAGCAGGUUUGAUGCCAACAGUCGCAACAAAAAUCUGGCGCACUGACUGAAAAAAUGAGUCCAUUUGAUUUGUAACUGCGCAGAUGCACCUAUCAUGUUGCAUUAUUUUGCAAAAUUACAAGAAGUCAAUAUCACCAGCACUUUAAAGCAGAUGGUCUCCUGAAGCCUGUGUACAUUUCUGUCUAUUAACAGAGCCUAAAUUAUUUGAGCAUCAGUAGCAUCACACUCAUGUCUUCAUCCUUCCUCAUCCUGAUGAAUGUUCGUAAAACUUGAAAAUGCAUUUGUUCUGUUUGCUUUGUUUGCGGCACUUGUGCUUCAUUUUUUGAUUUCAGAAAAGGUUCAAAGUCAUCUGUCUAUUAUCUGUAAGUAAA